GGGUGGGAGCGUGUGCUGCUGGGAGUUGUUUGAAGGUUGGCGGUGUGGGACUGACGGUCCUCAGGCAGGGCGAUCAUGUCGCACAAGCAGAUUUACUAUUCGGACAAAUACGACGACGAGGAGUUCGAGUACCGGCAUGUGAUGUUGCCCAAGGACAUAGCCAAGCUGGUCCCAAAAACCCAUUUGAUGUCUGAAUCUGAAUGGAGGAAUCUUGGUGUUCAGCAGAGUCAGGGAUGGGUCCAUUAUAUGAUCCAUGAACCAGAACCUCACAUCUUGCUGUUCCGGCGGCCACUGCCCAAGAAGCCAAAGAAAUGAAGCUGGGGAGCCACUUUUCAGCCUCAAGCUUUAUACAGCUGUCCUCAUUUGCUAACAUCUUUCUGAUGACAUUAUUAUGUUGCCUUCCUGUUUCUCACUUUGAUAUUUAAAGGAUGUUCAGUACACUGUUUGAGCAUGCUGGUGACUGCUUUACUUCUUGAGCAGAACCAACAGGACCAUGGCCCAGCCGGACGACUGCUCUUUGGGUUGCAGCCUCAGCUAAGUGUGACCCCCAAAAUCAAUGUGAGCUCUGUAUCCAGCAGAACACACUUGGCAGGUGGAGGAAGCAUCUAAGAAUAAGACCAUGGCUGUUACAGGGAUUGUGUAAACUUCCUGUUUUGUUUUUUUCUGCCAGGUGUUGUAUGUAUGGUGAUUUAUGUUUCAAUGUGUUGGAAACUUUCCAUUUUAUUCAAGAAAUCUGUUCCAUGUUAAAAAGCCUUGAUUAAAGAGGAAGUUUUUAUAAUCUAA